AUGCUUCCUACGAAGGGUAAUGAAGAUGCUAAACAGAUUGCACAUUUAAUACAUCAAGUAAUUGAAUUGUCCCAUUUAGCAAAUUUAAAUAUUUUAAGUUUUGGAGCCAAUGGUGCUAGAUCUGAAUUUAAUGCACAGUCAAUUAUUACAAAAGAAGCUUCAAAUUUUUUUGAAUAUAAAGAUUCUUUUUAUAAAAUUCAUUUUAAAGUACCAUUAUAUAAUAAUAAACCAUUUAUUCGAAUUCAAGAUCCAAAACAUGCUAAAAAAACAGCUAGAAAUCAAAUAUUUUCUGGAGCAAAACUUUUAUCUCUUGGAAAUAACACUGUACAUGAUCAACUUUUUAAAUUAGCUCAUCAACUACAGCAUUUUCUUUUAAAACGUGAUGUACUUAAUGUUGACAAGCAAGAUGAUGGUGCUGCAUUAUGUGAAUUGUGUGAUGCUUAUUUAAAUAAAACAAUUGAUCAUAAAACACAUAUUGAAAUGGUAUUACGUGCUUAUUUUUUUUUAAAUAUAUGGAAAGAAUAUAUUGAACAAUGUGCUAUUCAAUAUUCAACAAAAUGGUAUAAUUUACAAAAAAGUUUUAUUUCACUUCAAAGUUAUGAUAUUUUUAUUAGUAUGGUAGAAUCUUUAGUAAUGCUUAUUAUAGCACAUCAUGAAUAUUAUUCACAAUUUCCUUUAUUACCAUGGGAACAUGGAACUGAAGUAUUAGAACAUUUGUUUAGAAUUUCACGAAAAAUACUUCCUGAUUUUAAUUUUUAUGAGUUUUUUAAAAUACAACAAAAAGUAUUAUUUCAUGAUAAAAUUUCACAUGCUGGAAUAAUUGAUACUA